CGGGCCUUUCAUCGCGAAGCUGGAAAAAACACUUCAAACUCUUAGAGACGCCCAUAAUCAGAGUGUGUAUCUACUUUCACCUACUUAUACUACAUUUUUUAAUACAAAAAUAAACUAACUGUAGCGUCUCUUAUAACUUAGCAUUAGACGUUUUUGGGGAAAGUUUGUAGUGACGGAUAGUGUCAGUUUGUGGCUGUCACGAAGGCACGCGCGCGCUCACUCAUACAGCCGCGCGCACGUGCAUGUGACGCGCGCUCGCUCACUCGUCAGCGGGAACGCGCUCGGGUCCCAGCCAGUCAGUCAGAACCGACCCGAGUCUCGAGCGGAAUACUGACGGACAGAUACGAAUAUUAGGGGAAACAAGUGGAUCAGGCUGUGGAGUUGCUGCUGACAUGGGGACGCCAGGAUCAGGACGAAAACGGGCCCCGGUUAAAGACCGUUUCUCAGCGGAGGAUGAGGCUCUGAGCAGCAUCGCCAGAGAGGCGGAGGCCAGACUUGCUGCAAAGAGAGCUGCUCGAGCAGAGGCCCGGGAAAUUCGUAUGAAAGAACUGGAACGACAACAGAAAGAGCUUUCUUACCAUCAGCACUCUUCCUCUAGCAGGAAAUGGGGGCAAAUCCACCAAUGGAUGGCUGAUGCAGAAAAGGCCCGUCAUGGUCAUCAUUCCAGUAGCCACAGUCGACGGGGAUUAAAUGAUGACACGGCAUCAGUCCGGAGUGUUGGAAGUUACAGGUCAAACUCAUCAUCUUUACGAGACUUGAGCAGUUCUCAUCGCUCUAGUCGGGGUAAUUCUUCCAGGAGAAGAGACGUGGUGUCUGGUGUCUCCAGUAGUUCCUCUUUGAAGAGCUCCCUCUCCACUAGCUCUGUUUAUAAUGAUCUUCACAAAAAAUCUGUUGGCAGUAGCUCCAAAAAGGACCUUCUGACUGGACUGUAUCACGACCAAAGAAACUACACAAGCUUAAAGAACUCCAAACCUCCUCCUUCUACCGCCUCUACUUAUACACCACGGGCUCCAUCCAGCAGCAGUUCUGCAGGUCUGACGCGAAGCUAUAGUGUGGCUUCCAUAUGUGACGAUGGUCUGUAUGGCUCAUAUAGUUCCAAAGCUCCCUCUGAAUGCAGCUGGUAUUCUUCUGGUGCCAGUUCUACCCGCAGUAGCCCCGUGUCAUCUUCUGAUGAUGAUUCAGCCAGUACUGUGUCCCAGAGUCGACGUGGGAGAAGGGAUAGUGUGAUGUCUGAUUUCUCUGAUAUCUCAGAAACGACUGCUGAUUAUUUCAGCCGCUCUAAUCGCAGAGGCAGUGUUGUCUCUGAUCUUGAUGAUCUGAGCAUACCAGACCUGGACAGUCUCGAUGAGAAGAGUGACAAGCAGUUUACAGACUACAGCCGGCCGUCCUCCCGAUGUGCUACACCGGCUCUCUCUGCUGCUGCUCUGGCGUCAUUAGGAGGCAGCUCUUCCAGAAGAGGCAGUGGAGAUGCUGGAAGUGUCAUUAUGGAUUCAGAGGCCUCUAUUAGCGAAUUAAGGGACAUCUAUGAUCUAAAGGACCAGAUUCAGGAUGUAGAGGGCCGAUACAUGCAGGGUCUUAAAGAGCUAAAGGAAUCUCUGUCAGAAGUGGAGGAGAAGUACAAGAAGGCCAUGGUUUCCAAUGCCCAGUUAGACAAUGAAAAAGCAAACCUCAUAUAUCAAGUGGACACGCUCAAGGAUGUCAUUGAGGAGAUGGAAGAGCAAAUGUCCGAACUGCGCAGGGAAACGGAGGACAAAUCAAAGGAGUUAGAGCGACAGAAGCACACAUGUACAGUCCUACAGCACAAACAAGAGGAGCUGAAAGAGGGCAUUCGUCAGCGAGAUGAACUCAUUGAGGAGAACCAGAAAAUUCAGCAAAAGCUAGAUACCCUCACGAGAGAGGUGUUUGACCUCCAGGAAACUGUUAACUGGAAGGACAAAAAGAUUGGGGCCUUAGAGAGACAGAAAGAAUACUUUGAUUGCAUUAGGAUUGAGAGAGAUGAGCUCAGGGAUGAGCUGGCUGACCUCAAGGGGAAAAGCCGAAUGGGAGAGAAACAUGGGCUGGUCAUCAUACCCGAGGACACACCAAAUGGAGAUGUCAAUCACGAGUCGCCUACGUCAGGCAUCACUGUGGUGACACAAGAGGCAGCGCAGGUGCUGGAGUCAGCGGGAGAUGGACCUUUGGAUGUAAGACUACGAAAGCUUGCGGAUGAAAAGGAUGAACUUUUGUCUCAGAUCAGAAAACUGAAGAUGCAGCUGGAGGAAGAAAGACAAAAGCAUGCAAAGAUCGACAGUGUUUACACAGAAGGGGAGCGAAUGGAGAACGGCACUGACCUGCAUUUCAUCGAGAUGCAGAGGGACACCAAUAGACAGAUAAGUGAAUACAAAUUCAAGCUCUCAAAGGCUGAACAGGAAAUGGCAACGAUGGAACAAAAUGUAAACAGACUUGAAGGACAGGUGUCCAGAUAUAAGGCUUCAGCAGAUAAUGCAGAAAAGAUAGAAGAUGAACUGAAAGCUGAGAAGAGAAAACUUCAGAGGGAGCUGCGCACAGCACUAGACAAGAUCGAAGAAAUGGAAAUGACCAACAACCAUCUUGUAAAGCGCCUAGAGAAGAUGAAAGCCAACAGAAACGCUCUUCUGUCGCAGCAGUGAAGACGGACUCCCCAACACCGCACAGUAGGACACCAAAAACAAAACCGCAGGCCCUUUACCUUGUUUUACACCCUACUAAAGCAACAUGGUCAGGGGAGGGAGCCACUAAACCUGAGAAUGUUCUUCUGAUGGUUUUGUUGUUGUUGGUUUUUUUAAAAAGCUUGGUACGUCAUGGUAGCCGUGAGGUUUCAUUACUCGGACUGGGUGCCCCCCCCCCUUUCUCUUUUGUAAUUUGCAUGAGUAUAAAAGCGCUUUUUAAACUGUACAUCAACCUGAACGCAGGGCCCUCGACAUCCGUGUAAAUGCUUACACAGCAAUGUGCCUUCACAGGGAGGAUGAGGGUUAUAUGCAUUAUAACACUAUACAUGAAAACCAUAUAUUUCUACCGGUACGAAAAGAAAACAUUAAUGUGUUUAAUUAAGGGUACGGCCAUGAGUUGAACAUUAUAGAAAAUCAAUCAUGUCUGCGAUGGUUUCAACUAAGUGUUUUUUUUUUGUUCCUCAAAUAUUUAAGAUAUUUCUUGAAAAUAAAUGUGUAAAUGAAUGCAGUAUGAAUGGGUGGAUGAUUCAUGAAUUGUGAUUGUUUGCAGGGCACAUUGAUAUUAUUUUUUUGAAGUGCUUUUUCACAAUGGACUACAUCAGUUUUACACUAAAUGCAGCGAUUUUAAACUCCCAGUGAGAGACCGUUGUUUCUACUGUGACAUUGUGAGAUCUCAGAUUUGUGUCCCAAAUGCCACUCGAUGCCUUUCACGAUGCUGUUGUAUUCAGGUUUGAUGCAACUUCUUUCUUUUUUUAAAAAUCACACUAGAAACAAAUUGUCUGACACUUCACGCACACAGUGAUUGACUAAAGCAACUGCAAAGUAUACUGUAAAUAAACUACAUGAUUUACAAACUGA